AAUCAUAAAGCUACUUUCUAUAAGUAGCACCCACCACCCUUCUUCUCCUUCGUCAACUGACCUCUCCACUUUCUACCAGAUCUCUCUCUCUCUCUCUCCCUCUCUCCUCUGUGUGCGUGUGUCUCUCUCUCCCCUCUCUGCAGUUUCUUGAGCUCAGUUUCUUACAAUGCAAAUUACAAACAAUCCAUUAGCUCCAGUUGAGGUUCGAAAAUGGCGAGAUUUUCGAUAUCCUUAACGGGGUUUCUACUCUUAUGCUGCUGUUUACUGCCAGCUCUGAGACUGACAGAAGCUGACUACUUCAAAUACAAAGACCCAAAGCAGCCAUUGAAUGCUAGAAUCCGAGACCUCAUGAAGCGAAUGACUCUUGCUGAAAAGAUUGGCCAAAUGACGCAGAUCGAGCGCACAGUGGCAACCCCUGAUGUCAUGACCAAGUACUUCAUUGGGAGUGUGCUUAGUGGUGGUGGGAGUGUACCAGCCCCAAAAGCUUCAGCUGAGACGUGGAUCAAUCUGGUAAAUGGCCUCCAAAAGGGAUCUUUAUCUACGCGUCUCGGGAUUCCCAUGAUCUAUGGGAUUGAUGCUGUUCACGGCCACAACAAUGUCUACAAUGCUACUAUUUUCCCUCACAAUGUUGGACUGGGAGCCACCAGAGAUCCUAAUCUUGUCAAGAGAAUUGGGGAAGCAACUGCCCUUGAAGUCAGGGCAACCGGAAUUCCUUAUGUCUUUGCCCCAUGUAUUGCGGUCUGCAGAGAUCCAAGAUGGGGUAGGUGCUACGAAAGCUAUAGUGAAGACCAUAAGAUUGUUCAAGCAAUGACUGAGAUAAUACCUGGUCUGCAAGGAGACAUGCCUCCCACUGCUCAAAAGGGGGCUCCCUAUGUUUCUACUGCAAAAGGAAAGGUUGCGGCCUGUGCUAAGCACUAUCUUGGAGACGGUGGCACAACGAACGGCAUCAAUGAGAACAACACUGUGAUUGAUUUGAAUGGAUUGCUCCGUAUUCACAUGCCUGCAUACCUCAAUUCCAUCCUCAAGGGUGUUGCAACAGUUAUGGUGUCUUACUCGAGUUGGAAUGGGAAGAAAAUGCACGCAAACAAAGAACUUGUAACCGGAUACCUAAAGGACAAGCUACGUUUCCGGGGUUUCGUCAUAUCAGAUUGGGAAGGUAUUGACAGGAUUACAUCUCCUCCCAAAGCUAACUAUUCAUAUUCGGUUCAAGCUGGAGUUGGUGCUGGAAUCGACAUGAUUAUGGUUCCCUACAACUUCACUGACUUUAUUGAUGAAUUAACAUAUCAAGUCAAGAACAAUAUCAUCCCCAUGAGCAGGAUCGAUGAUGCCGUGAAGAGAAUUUUGAGGGUUAAGUUUGUUAUGGGGCUUUUUGAGAAUCCCUUGGCGGAUCUCAGCCUGGCCAGCCAGCUGGGAAGUAAGGAGCACAGAGAAUUGGCAAGGGAAGCUGUAAGAAAAUCACUCGUUCUGCUAAAGAAUGGAAAAUCUGCUUAUAAGCCAUUGCUUCCCCUUCCCAAGAAAGCUGGGAAGAUACUAGUAGCAGGAAGCCACGCUAACAACUUGGGCAAUCAAUGUGGAGGCUGGACAAUCACAUGGCAGGGCCUUGAAGGCAACAAUAAUACAAUGGGUACCACAAUCCUCAGUGCCAUAAAAAGUACAGUUGAUCCUACCACCCAAGUUGUCUACAACGAGAACCCCGAUGCUAACUUUGUGAAGUCCAACAAAUUUUCCUACGCUAUUGUUGCUGUGGGCGAACCCCCAUAUGCCGAAACAUUUGGAGAUAACUUGAAUCUGACCAUACCACAACCUGGACCAAGCACAAUCGCCAAUGUGUGUGGAGCUGUGAAAUGUGUUGUCGUGGUUAUUUCUGGGCGCCCUGUCGUGAUUCAACCCUAUCUUGCUGGAAUUGACGCACUUGUCGCAGCUUGGCUUCCAGGAACAGAAGGCCAAGGUGUGACGGAUGCAUUAUUUGGUGAUUACGGAUUCACUGGCAAGCUUGCACGCACAUGGUUUAAGACAGUAGACCAGCUCCCAAUGAACGUUGGUGAUCCACAUUACGACCCUCUAUUUCCUUUCGGAUUUGGUCUCACUACCAAGCCAACCAAGAAUUAGUAAUACGGGGACCGUUCGUAUCCGAUCAUGAAGGGUUGUUGCUCGCUGUUUCAUGGAUAAGAUUUUGUAGAACAGUCUUUUCCCAUGAGAGAGCAUAAUAAUAUGUUGUAUCGUUUCUGCCGUCGAUUUUUACCCGUGGUUUCAAUUUCAACAUUUAGCAUUUUUAGCCAA